GAUUCAAUUCGAUCAUCCUCGGACGACGCUGAAUACAUUGUCACUGGCUCAGUAGAUGACUUGGUAAAAGUUUGGGAACAAAAGAACGGCAGUCUGAAAUUAAAACACAAGUUAUCAGGACAUUCACUUGGAGUUGUAUCUGUCGCAAUAAGUUCCGAUGGCACAAAAUGUGCAUCAAGUUCCUUGGACUCGAGCUUGAGACUGUGGGAUUUAGAGUCUGGUGAGAGAAUCUCGAGUAUUGAAGUCGGCCCGGUUGAUAUUUGGACUGUUUUUCUGGAAGUCAUGCAGGAAAAAUUCACUUGUAUGGAACUGAAAGUGAGUCCUGAUGGAAAGUAUAUUGCUAGCGGUGCUAUUGAUGGAAUAAUCAAUAUAUUCGAUGUAGCAUAUGGAAAAGUCUUGAGAACAUUGGAAGGUCAUGCUAUGCCUAUUCGAUCACUCUGCUUCUCCCCGGACUCACAAUUACUUUUAACAGCUUCUGACGACGGACAUAUGAAGCUUUAUGAUGUAAAAGACGCAAAUGUUGCUGGAACAUUGUCAGGUCAUGCAUCGUGGGUUCUUGGAGUAGCUUUUGGUCCAGACGGUCAAAAAUUUGCUUCAAGCAGUUCUGAUCAUACUGUUAAAAUUUGGGAAUUAGCACAAAGACAGUGCUUACACACUUUCAAUGAUCACAAUGAUCAAGUUUGGGCAGUAAAAUAUCACCCUGAAAAAAAUAAUUUACUCGUUUCAGUUUCAGAAGACAAAUCCAUUAAUUUGUAUGAAUGUCCACAG